AUGAUCACCGAUGAGGCCGUUCAAAUGCCAGCUUCCCCAAUCACACCGUUGCCAUCUGGCUCGGAAAACUUUCAUUUGAGCAUGAAUAACAUGCUCAACUCACAAGAUGACCAUGUCAUAUUCAGGGCCAUUGACCGCGUGUCACCGACUGGCUUAACCAUGGGCGCUGAGUUCCCCUGGACACUGGAAUAUUCACACUUUUUCCCUGAGGGUGAUCUAGUACUUGAUCACCACCGGAAUGAACCAAAUCCUUUGCUAGGGUAUUCUCCUUACCCGUUUACCCCAGGCGCGGGAAUUCCUCAACAUGGCGCUCUUGAUACCCCAAUCCCCCAUACUCCCACAGAUAUGCAGCCCCCGAACAUGGGCCGAGAGCCUUGUAUGCCCGGUCAACAGCAGACGCCACGCUUAUCAGGGAGUUCAACGCCUGUCUAUAAUCCCGCUAUGCAAGCCACGGAUGAUGACAUCACAGUGGCAGAGAACUUCUGUCACGUCAGGACGCAACUAGCUGACGCCUAUCAAGCCAUCCUUGCCUUCUAUGCCCAACAAACCGACCCUCGUUUUAAAAAUACCCCAUUCCCUUCAUUCUCGGUUUUCAAUUCCUUCAUUCAACUUUACUUUGAGUAUUUUGAUACCCAGCUGCCAUUCAUUCACCGAUCAUUGUUAGAGAAGAAGGAUACACCCUGGAUGCUCGCGUUGGCUGUGGCAUCAAUUGGGUGCCAGUACACUCGCCUCUCCAAACGGUGCCACUAUUCCUCAAUUCUACCAGAUCUUUUGCGACUGGCCAUUCCUAACGAUUUCUUGAGAUCUCGGGGAUAUGAUACAAUGACAUUAGCACAGUGCUCUUUGCUCGUUGUUGUCGGCCUCAUGUUCAUUGGUUUCAAAGAUAGCCUGGUCAAUUUGCAGGUCCAAAGAGCCUGGCUAGCUUCACUAAUCCGUCGAUUUGUCAUAUCAUCAAAUGAUAAGGACACCCUUUUAUCCACUGAGAUGAACAGUGUUGAAUCUCACGGUCAAUGGCAAUCUUGGAUUCGUCGCGAGUCAGAAAGGAGGCUUGCAUACUGCUUUUCUGUGGUGGAUUGUUAUUACUUCAUUUUUCUCGGGGCAGAAACUUGCUUCUCCGCCAAGGAAUUUGAGCAGAUACUCCCAUCGUCAGAUAAUCUGUGGGUUCCCCGCGAUGAAAAUGAAUGGAGGAGCCGGUCAGGGUUGAAUAAUGUGCAACAAAAUAGCUUAAAUCAGCUUUUAUCCAUGGACUGGACGUCGAAUGAUGCCCUGCAACACUCAUCAGAAUUAUGCAAGCUGGUUUUGCACCUGACUUUGUUUGUGGAAGAACGUCGUGCUAUUAAUGCCUCCCAAUCUUGUGUACUGUUUGACCUGGGUCCCGAAGACGGAGGACCCGUCCCAAAUGCGCGCCUAUCAACUUCGUACAGGAAGCUAGACUGGAAGUACGAAAUUCUGACCCCAGCGACAUACUCACCAUCUGAAUCCGUCGGCAUCUCCGAAUCUAGGAAGAUAUUUUUCCAUUUACUUGGAAUUCUCAGACAUGUUCCAUUGAAGCAGCUUUACGCAUAUAGCGGAUGGUACGCUUCAAAGCAGGAUAUGCUAGCAGCAGAAGCUUACCUCUCCUACUGGAUGAGUGAGAAUCCAAUACCCUCAAGACAAUGUGUUGCACAUGCAGGGGCUUUGAUUGGUGAAAUACGAUCAACCCCUAUCAAUGCUUGCUACCAUUCCUUCUCUCUGCUUAUAGCUACUUUGUAUCUGUGGGUCUAUGCCCAAUUGCAGCCUGAGAGGUCCGAAACAUCCGGAGAAUCUAUUCCUCUCCACCCCCCUGCCAGUUUACUCAAGAUUGACCAGCAUCAUGAACCGGGGGUGCGAGAACGUUGGAUUGAAACUGGAUCGGGUAUAUUUGUUCAUCUCACAGGCGUUGGGAUGCUAUCAACCCCAGGCAGUUCACAUCGUUUAUUGAAGGAAUUCCUGCGGGUCCUCUCUGCUAGAACAGGGUGGCCUACUCUCCAGAAAGGCUUAACAAUGUGCAUGAGCGAGCUUCUGAAUGACUUCACAUCUCCUAUGAAGGCUCUGAAACAUCGAAGCUGA